GCGGGAGGUACUGGUAGUGCGGGCUCGCGUCCUGGCCGUCGUGCAUCUCCGUGGGGAGGCUGGUCCCCUCCGCGGCGGCGGGGCCUCCCUCGCGGGGUGCGCGGCCGUGUGUCUCCGGCUGCUGAGGGGGCCGGCGGCCGCGCUGUGGGGGGCGGGGAGAGCCGGCGGCGCUGGGAGCCGCCCGGCUGAGGCAUGUUCCCCAGACCUGCCUCCGCUGGGACGGGGACGCGUUAUUGGCACCUGGGUUUUUGGUGCUUUCUGGCGCUGGUCAUCUUUAUUGUCCCAUCCUUGCAGCCCCACCCUUCUUUACUCUCCGUUUUUGUUUUCCGGAGUCAGAUCGCCAGUUGUCGGGGCUGCCUUUCCCAGACAUCCUCACCCCACUCUGGAUUUAGGGCAGAGCACUGGCAGAGGGAGUUCACCCGCUGCUUAUUCACCUGUCCCAUCAUAACCUACCGCCCUGCCUGUGCAGUUUCCCUCCACGCAAGCCUGUGACCCAGGGAGCAUGCCUUUCCCAGCUGCCUGUAGUCUGAUCCCAGCAAAAAUACUGGACUAAGGGCAUGGGAAUCUGAAGACCUCUGUUUCUCCUAGAAGAGUGAUAGAAGAAGGAGCAGAGAUGGGAAACCCAGAAAGCAUUGGAGAUGCAUAUGUUGCUGUGAUUCGUCCAAAAAAUACUGCUAGCCUGAAUUCUCGGGAAUAUCGAGCUAAAUCCUAUGAAAUUUUGUUGCUUGAAGUUCCCAUUGAAGGCCAAAAGAAAAAAAGAAAGAAAGUUUUGCUGGAAACUAAACUGCAGGGAGGCACUGAGAUAACCCAGAGCAUCUUGGAUUAUGUAUUAGAAGCCACCAAACCAAUUUCACCAGCCAAUCAGGGUAUUAAAGGAAAGCGCGUAGUGUUAAUGAAGAAGUUUCCUCUUGAUGGAGAGAAGGCAGGCCAGGAGGCAUCACUUUACAUUGUUCCAACUGUUGUGAAAGAUAAUACGAAAUAUGCAUACAGCCCUGGAUGCCCUGUGUUCUACUGUUUACAAGACAUCAUGAGAGUCUGCAGUGAAUCCAGCACCCAUUUUGCAACACUUACUGCAAAAAUGUUAAUUGCCUUGGAUAAGUGGUUGGAUGAACGGCACACCCAGUCUCACUCCAUCCCAGCUUUAUUCAGACCAUCUCCUCUUGAGAGAAUCAAAACAAAUGUAAUAAACCCUGCCUAUGCUAUAGAACCUGGUCAAACAGAGAGCUCAUUGCACAUGGGUUAUACUGCCCUGGAAAUAAAGAGUAAAAUGCUGGCACUGGAGAAAGCAGAUAUGUGUAUCUAUAAUCCUUUGUUUGGAUCUGACCUUCAGUAUACUAAUAGGGUUGACAAAGUGGUAAUAAAUCCAUACUUUGGCCUUGGAGCCCCAGACUAUUCAAAGAUUCAGAUUCCUAAAAGAGAAAAGUGGCAACGUAGCAUGAGCAGCGUCACGGAGGACAAGGAACACCAGUGGGUAGAUGAUUUCCCUCUUCACCGCAGUGCUUGUGAAGGUGACUCUGAUCUACUAAGCCACCUUCUGGAUAAAAAGUUUUCUGUUAAUCAGUUAGAUAGUGACCACUGGGCACCUAUCCAUUAUGCAUGCUGGUAUGGAAAAGUUGAAGCCACUCGAAUGCUGUUGGAGAAAGGGAAGUGCAAUCCAAAUCUUUUGAACGGCCAACUCAGUUCUCCUCUUCAUUUUGCUGCUGGAGGUGGGCAUGCUGAAAUAGUACAAAUUCUACUAAAUCAUCCAGAAAUUGACAGACACAUUACUGAUCAACAAGGAAGAUCUCCACUGAAUGUCUGUGAAGAGAACAAACAAAAUGAAUGGGAAGAAGCUGCAAAACUGCUGAAGGAAGCCAUAAAUAAACCUUAUGAAAAGGCACGCAUUUAUCGUAUGGAUGGGUCAUAUCGCUCUGUUGAGUUGAAACAUGGAAACAAUACUACUGUACAGCAGAUAAUGGAGGGGAUGCGUUUGUCUCAAGAAACUCAGCAGUACUUCACCAUCUGGAUCUGUUCUGAGAACCUCAGCCUCCAACUGAAGCCAUAUCACAAGCCUUUGCAGCAUAUUCGGGAUUGGCCCGAAAUAUUCACUGAACUGACAAACUUGGAUCCUCAAAGGGAAACUUCACAGCUUUUCCUGAGAAGAGAUGUGAGACUUCCACUGGAAAUAGAAAAAAAGAUUGAGGAUCCAUUGGCUAUUCUUAUUCUUUUUGAUGAAGCCAGAUACAAUUUACUGAAAGGUUUCUAUACAUCACCUGAUGCCAAGCUGAUCACACUGGCCAGUCUGCUUCUACAAAUAGUCUAUGGAAAUUAUGAGAGCAAGAAACAUAAACAGGGCUUUCUAAAUGAAGAAAAUCUGAAAUCUAUAGUACCAAUCACUAAACUAAAAAGCAAAGCUCCUCACUGGACAAACAGGAUACUUCAUGAAUACAAGAAUCUCAGCACCAGUGAAGGUGUAAGUAAAGAGAUGCACCACCUUCAGCGCAUGUUCUUGCAGAAUUGCUGGGAAAUUCCUACUUAUGGAGCAGCUUUUUUCACGGGACAGAUAUUCACCAAAGCAAGCUCAAGUAGCCAUAAAGUCAUCAAAGUGUAUGUAGGAGUAAAUGUGAAAGGGCUGCACCUCCUCAACAUGGAAACGAAGGCUUUACUCCUCAGCCUCAAGUAUGGUUGCUUUAUGUGGCAGUUGGGAGAUGGAGAUACAUGUUUUCAAAUCCACAGUCUGGAAAACAAAAUGAGCUUUAUUGUGCAUACCAAACAGGCAGGUCUCGUUGUGAAACUUUUGAUGAAAUUAAAUGGCCAGUUAAUGCCAAGUGAAAGAAAUGAAUGAUGGAAAUGAACAAUAGUUCUGAAACAGCAUCUGAUGGCUAAGCAAAAAACAACUUAUAUCUCAUCAUAACAGAAGGCUUCCACGUACAUGAAUUUUACACAAUACAGAAGUCACUUUGUACAGUUUUUUAACUUUGUACAGAAGCUGCAUGGUUUAUUUUUUUAAAAAAACUAUACAAUGUAUCUGUUAUUUUUAUAAAUAUUUUUGUGGUUCAUCUAUAAGCUAUUGUAGGGCUUGAGCUUAACCAAUAAAACUAACGAAAUGUAAAUGGUUGACUGAGUUGGACGAGCAUGAAUCAAGUAAGGCUUUUGUUCCCAUAGGACUAUGGGACAACCAGUGGCAUUAAGCAAGUCUCAGUUAACCUAUUUACCUUUCACGUUGUUCUGUGGAACAUCAAGGAGGUUGUAUAUGUUACAGUAUUUUGUAGACUCACUUUUUAAGACACUGUUGGUAAGUGUGCUUAAAAGAUCAGUUAGACCUUUGAGCAACUACUUUUGAUAAGCUCUUGGUUUUCAUUUUAUUUCUGAAAAACGUUAUAGCUGGCUUUAUUUUUAGCCUUAGCUUUCUCAUAUUUCAUAUUUAUUCUAAAAUACUGCAUGAGGAUGUCAAAAGGGAAAUAACUUCAAAUCACUCAGAAGCCAUAUUAAAUGUUUAGCAUGCUUGGGCUUGUUUGGUUUUUUUUUAAUAAUGGAUUUUUACUUUUGCUGUGCAAUAUAAAAUGUGUAUAUCGAGGAGGGGGAGGUACAGAUUUACAAAUGAAUCUUACUCAGAGGACUUUGGAAAGUUUAAUAAAUCUUACCCUGGAUUGCAGCACAUAUGCAGUAACAAAAACUCAGAUAGGAGGUACUAAGUUAUUUCUGUUAAACUAAUUUUCCUACUGAUUACCUACUUCAGUUUCUUGAGGCUACAAGCAGUGCGGGAUGCAGGAAUGAAGAUUUAUAUUGCAAGGAAGUCAGACACAGUUGGUAAGCAUUCUGCCUGCUCUUUGCAGAGUCAGGAUUGGGUCUCAAAGAGUUGGGUUCCUAUGCAAUCUGAAACAUAUCCUUGUACAUUAGAAUAGUAUCCAUAACACAACUCUUUGAAAUUUCUGGUUGUAUUUCAGGGUUUUAAAUGCACUUGACUGUUUCUUCCAUGUAAACUGCAUGCUAAACCAGUGUGCAAUAUUUUGUAAAAAAGGUUUUCUUAAAACAAUGAAAAUUAGCACUUGGCUCUAAGUUUUCAAAUAAAAGUUCAAAUGAAUGUUAGAAGCUGUGCUCUUGUGUAGUAACUUUACUCAUAGCUUACAACUAGCAAGUGCAGUUUAAGAAAUUAAAGUAGUAAGCAGUUAAGAAAAGUGAACAGGAGACAUUUUGUAAUCUUCUUAGCUAUACUUUUUUACUUGAACUUCACUGGUGUAAAUAACAGUAACUCUUCAUGGAGCGUUAUAGUUAAGGUAAAUAAUAAAACAGUCAGGUCCUUCAUAGUGCAGCCAUCUUUGCUAUCACUUGGCAAUGGCAUCAGAAAUACACUUCUCUACGUAGCACUUUGUUGGCAAGUUCUUAUUGUGUUCUAUGAACCAUAACAAAGUUCAAGUUGACAAGCAGGUAUUCUUUAUUGCGGCGCUGGGAGACACAGGGGAUAGCUCCUCCUCAUGUGUCCCGUUUAAGCAUCGAACAGACCGUGAUUAUAUUGUUGCUUAACAUACUUAUUCAUUACAUUUCCAAUAAACGUCAUACAUAUUCAUUAGUUGUCCGAGAAUCGUUUUACAUAAUUCCACGCCUAUUUUUGCAUGCGCAUAACAAGGUGGUAGUGGUCUUUGGUGGUCGUUUUACUUCUUCCAACAAUCUUCAUCACUUACUUGGCCGUUCCUUGAACUCUUGUUCUGGUGGUCUUUGAAGCAUGCACAGUAGCCAAAUGCUUACACCAGCUUAAUUGGUUCGGUAACAGUGCUGACAUAAGUGAGUGAUUUCUCCCUGGCCUUCUAUUUAUCAGUUAACUUAGCUACAGCACCUCCUGAACGUCUGCUAGUUUCAGAUAUACAGUCCUGUUUUGCUUACAGUAAAUUCUGUACAAAGGUCAUAAGGUUCUAAAACUCUGUCAGCUACAACGAUUUAUCUUAUACAAGGAUCCUUAUUAUGUUCUUUUGGUUGGGCUCUUUAGGUUUGGAAAGUUUUGUUGUUACGUCAGCAACCACUAGUCUGGUUUGGGCUGAUUAUUAUGAAAUACCUAAGAUCCUUUCCAUUGCUAUUGUUACAAAGCCACCAAGCUUUUAUUUACAAAGGAUUAUAUUUCAUUUUGUAUGUCUUUAUCUCAGUUAGAAAACUAGAGGAAAUAUGUUCAAAUGUGUCAGUUGCAUAUUCAACAGUACUAUUAAUAUGCCUUAUUGCUGUAUAGUUCUUUCUGCUAAUUUCUUAUUUAUUACUACCUAAUAAAUUUUUUGCAACAAGUAA